AUGUUUUCAGUCUGGAAUAUUAAGCGAUUCAUUGCUGGCAUUGGUUUUGUGUCCCGUUACUGCACUGCCGCUAAAUGUCCAGAGCUUAAACUUCAAUAUCGAGUCAUUCCGGAAGAUUGCUAUAAUGCGGUCAUGAAGCAUUUGCGUCAAAAUUAUUUUGUCGAUGAACCCAUAUCUAAAUCCGUGCGUCUCUAUAAAUAUGGGACUACGCAUAAAGAGGUGGAGAAACUUUGCUUGCAGGUGCUAAAAAAGAAUCUCAGCAUAAUGGCGACAAAUGAAAGAGAUGAGCUUGCCGGCGUUAUAUUGAAUAGUCCGUUGACGCGCGAUGAUUUUAAAAAAGCGAAAUGGGAAUUGGAAUCGAAUCGAGAUGAAACUUUUAAAAAAAUUCUCAAUUUUUUCUAUAGCUUCAAUCUCAAAACUGAUAUAUUUAAUUAUUUCAAAGUCAACAAAAUUUUUAAUGCUAAUAUUGUAUCGGUCGAUGGAAAUUUUCGUGGAAAGGGCGUAAGUAAAAGUUUAUUGAAAUAUAGUGAGGAACUGGCGAAAGAAAAUGGUUUUGAGAUUAUGAAAGCUGAAGCGACCGGUAUUUUCUCGCAAAAAAUUUUCAAAAUUGCUGGUUUUAAGCUGUUUCAAGAGCAAUUUUAUAAUAGAUACGUUGAUGAACAUGAUGAGCCGAUAUUACCAGUAGAACUCCCGGAUACUAAAAUGCAAUUGCUAUACAAAUUAAUAAAAUAA